UACGUGACAGAUAGUGACAACACGUCGAAAAUGGCUGACUCUGGCCCGAGUAAAACCGAUAUUGAAGCAAUUUUUCAAAGAUUACGUUCGAUUCCUUCGAAUAAAGUAUGUUUCGACUGCAACGCAAAGAAUCCUACGUGGUCGUCGGUGACGUACGGGGUGUUCAUCUGCCUCGACUGCUCGGCAGUGCACCGCAGCCUCGGCGUGCACCUCACAUUCGUGCGCUCUACACAGCUGGACACCAACUGGACAUGGAAACAACUCCGGAACAUGCAGCUUGGCGGGAAUGUGAAUGCUACCCAGUUUUUCCGCACACAUGGACUCUCCACAGAAGAUGCUCGUCAGAAGUACAGUUCCCGUGUGGCACAGAUGUAUCGUGACAAGUUGAGCGCCAUGUCUGAACAAGCUAUGAAGACAUAUGGGACCAAGCUGCACCUGGACCCCGCGCCGGCCGAGCCCAAGGAGAGCAAGGAGCCCGAGGUAGACUGGUUUGCGGAGCACGGCGAGAGUGCCGCCCCCACUAACACUAGCGAGCUUGUCCCUGCACAGGUGGGGGGCGCGGUCGGAGGCGAGCUAAGUUCCCAGGCGCGGCUGUGGGCCCCCGCGGGGCCGGCGCCCGCGCAGCCCGCGCGCAAGGGACCCGCCAAGCGGACCGGGUUGGGUGCGCGUAAAGGCGGGCUCGGCGCCACCAAGGUGGCCGCGAACUUCGAGGACAUCGAGCGCGAAGCCAUCAUGGCAGAGAAGCUGAAGGCGGAGGCGGCGGCCAGCGGCGCCAGCGGGGGCGCCACGCUGGAGAGCGUGGAGCAGGAGGUGGCGUCGCUGCGUCUGGCGUACGGAGGGCCGGGCGCCGGGCCGGGCGCCGGGCCGGGCGCCAGGCCGGGCGCCGGCGCCGCGCGGCCGCACGCCGACCGACUGGGCAUCGCCAGCGCCACGGCCGCCACGCGCGCCGGAGUGUCCCACUCGGCCACGUCGGACAUGACGCUCAUAGAGCAGGAGGACGCGCCCACGGCGCGGGCGCAGCUCGACGACAUCGACGACUUCACUUCUUCCUUUACCAUGAUCAGAAACGAGCCAUACGGCAACAGUCGCAACUUGGACAAACUAUUCGGUGACAGCGACCGCAAGUGUUCUUCGUACGACAACCUGGGCGGGGGCGGAGUCACGCGCAUCUCUCCCGAGCCGGCCCGGCCCGUGCACACCAUGUUCGGGGGCGCCGCCCCCAGCGCCGCGGGCCCCGACGGGGGCGCCGCCCCGGCCGCCUCCCGCAGCCGGCCCCGGCGUGCGGAGCCCGAGGACGACUCCGCUGUCAAGAAGUUCGGCUCCGCCAAGGCCAUCAGCUCCGCACAGUUCUUUGGAGAGCAGGAAUCCCGCUGGGAGCGCGACUCCAACCUGUCGCGGUUCCAGGGCAGCAACAGCAUCUCGUCCGCCGAGUACUUCGGGGGCGCGGGGGGCGCGGGCGCGGGGGCGCGGGGCGCGCGCGCCUUCAGCGUGGGCGCGCCGGACCUGGACGACGUGCGCGAGUCGGUGCGCGCGGGCGUGACGCGCGUGGCGGGCCGCCUGUCGUCGCUGGCCAACGGCGUCGUGUCCUCCAUACAGGAGCGCUACGGCUACUGAGCGGCCCGCCGUGGGUUUCUACUUCCCUGUUACUUCCCGACCGCGUCAUAAUGAAAAAUUGCGAUGUCAAAUAUGUUUUCAUUUCUUGACAAUAAGUAGAAACGUUCUAUAAUAUAACAUUAUCCUCUCCCCGACGUCAUUAGCGCCAGUUUUAUGUAAUAUACGCAAAAAGGCAUUGUAUUGUAUAUCAUUGUAUUGUCAACAGAGAACGAGACAUUGUAUCUGGGACAAGUUGUAGCAACUUUCUAAUUUAGGUAAUAAAUAAAUUUGUAUAAUUAUGCGCAUUUACUGUAAAUCAAAAGCUAAAUGCGCGCUUUAAUAAAUAAGUGUGUGACAGUGAGAGUGGAGUGCACACGAGGGGGGGAGCGUGGUUCUGUGUAAAUAUUGUAUGAUAUAGUAUGUAUGUAUGUAUGUAUGUAUGUAUGUAGCAGUCCGGAGCUGGUCCCCGCUGUACAUGGAGUGCCGGCGCCAGUACUGCGCGCGCCAUGCUGUCGAUGCUGUAUGCGUCAGCCUGUACCUUAUACAGCAAUAGCAUUUGAUACAUAGCUAUGCAGAUUGUAAACUAUCUUCGAGGAAACUUUGUGUCUAUAACAUCUUCAUUGACAAAUAAACUUCUACACUUUCA